UUCGAUUGAUUUAGUCAUAAAUUACACACUUACAUAUUGUUGGUGGUUUAUAGUGGGAAUUUUUCGGUUAACAACCGUGGUAAAUCAAAAAGUGCCUUGUUCCACUGCUCACCUUGUUUUCAAUCGGCUCUUUAGAAAUUUAUCAACGCAAAUUUUCAAGUAUUUUGUUUGAUCCAAGUAAACCUGGUGAUCAGCGCUACAAAGUUAAUACAACAAAUUUGCUCAUUUGAUUGCUCAAUUACUUCUUGUCAGGAAAUUCAUAUUCUUUAUAUUGUCACAAAUUGGUGGCUAAGAGUUUUCUGAUCAGGAAACAGAUGUGUAUAUCAACGUUACAUACUGUUUAACACUUAGUCAUAAUAUAUACCUGUAUGAGUUUUUAAAAAUCGAGACUCAUUUAAUUUAUCACUUCAAAGAUAUUGACGUCCAUUUGCGACUAGAAAAAUAUCAAAAUUAUACAAGUUUAUGCUCAUUUUUCAGACAAUCGUUCGGGAUUAUUUUAUUUAUGUAAAUCUCUUUUAUAGGCUGUAGUUCCACUUUUCUGUAGUUUUGUUUCUUUAACGGUCUAACAAGUGAUUGUGUAUCGGAUUGUCAGUGGAGACAACAACAUUUAUUACAACUUAUAGACACAUCCAACCAGUAAUUCUUAAUUUAGGACACUUAAUGAGCGCCUUUAGUUUUAUUACCAACGAUUAUAAAAUUUAAUUUUGUAUCUAUUGAUUAUUCAGUAAAUCUUCUAAUGAAGUGUUUCCACGAAUAAUCAAUCAAUAGUAGUGGGAAAAUGUGUAAAUAUAAGAAUACUUACUGCGUACAAUUAAAACAAUAUUGAAUUUUGAGGUAAACUUAAUUGAUCAAAUUGUACUUGUUAUAGUACGCAUUUGAUCAUUGUUAAUAGUAUUUUAUUUACAAAACUUAAUCUUUUCGUGUGGAAAAAAGUGUAACAAUUAUUCCCAAUUGUUUUGUUUAUAUAAAUUGAUUCUAUUCAAAUUGUAGUCUAGUCAAAGUCAGGAGAUAUAUAAGUGGACUGAUUUUAGUUUUUGAAAUUUAGGGUCUGUAAACAGCAUUUUAAUUUACGAAUCUAGAGUUCAACAUCAUUACCCAACGUUUCCAACAUUAAUUGUUGUAGAAUAUCACUUAUUUGGGCAGUGAUUUUCCAGGUAGUUAUUAACUAGCCUCAUGGAUUGGUACUGAGUUUUUUCUAGGUUAUAAUGAUUUUUGUCACAUUCUAGCCUGAUUUAGAGUUAGGAUAUCUUUCCUUGGAUUUAUUCAUUGUCUCCCCUAAGAGAAAUUAUAGAUAUCUCUUACAUGCUCCAUCUAAUAAGGCUUACUCUGUUUUAUUGUUGAUUGAGACAGUAUACUUUUCGCACAAGCUACUCUAUUAUACUAUCUCAGGUUUAUGAGGUAGCUGAGUGGUGUUCUCAUUAUUAUUGUCCAUAAAAUUGAAAAUACUUUGACCUAAACCGUGGGAUUUCAUAUUGUUUUUCUUUGUACAUAAACUUAUAACGAAGACUUCUCUUAUUUUAUAGUUCACCAUUCUUUAUUUCUCUUCAGAUUAAUACCGACUUGAAAAACUUAUUGGUAUCUGCUUUGUCUGGUAAUUUAAAUGUGGCUCAACAGCUAAUCGAUUUAAUGAGUAGUAAUGCAUACCUUUGUGGUCAAAGUGAAGGUUUAGCCCGUCAGAAAUCUGUUCUACAAGAAGCCGCCGACACAGCCGAAAUCGUAGCUGAUGUAUGGCAGACAAAAUGUAUUGCUAGUCGUGCUGUAGCAGGUGAAGCCGCUAAACAUGCUACCAUGUCAGUGCACCAGGCACAUUUAGCUCGACACGCGCUGGCACAUCUUCUUGGUGAACGUGCACAAAUCCGUCGAUAUCUAAGUCAAGCAAUCCCUUUGUUGUCCAAUUAUUGUAAUAAACACGAUAUUAAAUUAAAUAAACUGACUAAUCAAACAUGUAGCACACUAAGCUUGGCAUCACUGUGUUUUGAUUUGGCUUUAGAGAUAUCACCGAAUACUAGUAUCCAACCAAUGUAUUGCUCUUCUGAUACACUUGGUGAAGAGUUGGCACAAUAUGUUCUGACAAGAGUCAAUAAUAAGAAUAUUCUUAAAUAUGACUGUAUGUUUCCCACCACAUCAACUGUUUUUGACGCUUCAACAACUGCCCUAUCUGCAAUACCUCCUCUGGAAACAACUGAAACAGAUGAUUUACUUUCGAAAACACUUGAGUUAUUUCAGUCUACUGGAAAACAGAAGCAUAAUCUAGAAUUGUUUUCUUGCUCGAAAUGCGUGGGAGAUGUUCUUGUGAUAUGA